GUGCUUUCUAUGGAAUCACACAAUUCUCUGAUCUCAGUCCUCAAGAAUUUCAACAAAUAAUCCAAAAACAAAUUAAAUCGAAUUCAUUGCAAAAAAGUCAUUCAACGACCAAAAGAUCAUUUUUCACUUCCGAUGACUUGAAAGAUCAUCUCAAAGAUGUGCCGCAGAAAUGCGAUUAUAGGGAGAAGAAUGCGGUCACAAAAGUCAGAAAUCAAGGAGAAUGUGGCGCGUGUUGGGCCCACUCUAUCGUCGAGACCAUCGAAACAAUGGUUGCGCUUAAGACUAAAACUUUACGGGAAUAUAGUGUCCAACAGUUCAUAGACUGUGCCACAGAAGACAACAGGGGAUGUGAUGGCGGGGAUAC